AAAAACAAGCAAUUAGAUUAAAUCAAAAGUAGUAUAAAUUAAUGUCAAUUUUCAAUUUAAAUCCAUUCCAAAUCAGAUCUAAAAUUAAACAAACCAAAUUGUAACCCAAUGCACAACUAUAAUCAUUUUGACCCGUAAAGAAGUCUUGCAACAUCAAAAUUCACAAACCAAUACUUCGAAAAUCAACAACACAUUUUCAGUGUUCUAUGCAAGGAGAAUUUGUAGCUAAACGAAAAGAGAGAUGAAGAUUAGUAUAUUGAUCUAUGUGAUCUUGAUCUUGGCGAUGACAUCAGUCUCUCAAGGACAGCAACUCAACUCUAAGGAUUGCGAGAAUUUGGGAUUUACGGGUCUAGCUCUAUGUUCUGACUGCAAAACUUUGUCUGAGUAUGUUAAAGACCAAGAACUGGUAUCUGACUGCCUGAAGUGCUGUGUGGAGGAUUCUGAUGAUUCAACGAGCAAGAUUACAUAUGCUGGUGCACUGCUGGAGGUCUGUAUGAGGAAACUGGUCUUCUAUCCUGAGAUUGUAGGUUUUAUAGAAGAAGAGAUGGACAAGUUUCCUUCUGUCAAAGUUCAAUAUUCUUUCAACUCGCCGCCAAAGAUGAUUAUGUUGGAUGACAAUGGUGAUCAUGCUGAAACAAUUAGAAUUGAUAACUGGAAGCGCGAACAUGUCCUGCAGUUUCUACGCGGAAAGCUCAAAUCUGCUACUAGCUAACUUGGGUGUCUCAGGAUAUCGGUUUGGCAUGGCCUUUUUGUAUUCCCCAAAUGAUAGAUACUCUUUUACCCUUGUUACUAAUUGGAUCUUCUGUUAGAUGAUAACCCCCUAUGUUCUAGUUUGGUUAAGCUCCUUCAUGAUCUGGAACUGGUUUGCCCUCUGAAAAUUAAUUGGGGUGUUGGAAUUUGAUGACUCCUUGCAUUCGCUAAGUCGUAAACUUGUAAUACGAUUACCAUUACACAUUUAAACAUAUGUUUUAGAUGUCAUUCCUUACACAUCUUAGUAUGUCAUCCAUAACUAAUGAGGAAGAUGAAGGAAACAAGGAAUUAUUUCUCCAUCAUUUGGGGUUAGCUCCCCACCUCCCUAUCAUUUGGCAACUUCUACCUCUAUCCCUCUCAAAUCGCACAAUUUCCAAUUUAAGUAUAUUUGUUAAUUUUGUACCUUAUUUUUUGGGAAAUGGUUCUACCUUAUUUUU